CAGUCACCUUCCGUAGCUCUGUUAGCAUUGUGGUUGUAGUUAGCUCCUCCACCCUCCCCCACCCGGCUCCUCCUCCUCCACACAGGCUAGCCAGCUAGCCGCAGAAAGCGACCAGAACCCGGUGCGGGUCGACUUUAAAAUAAAAUAACACCGGGAGCCCGCUGGAGGAGACCCGUCCACCCAGAGAGCUCCACGCACGGCCUCCGCGGGACGUCUGUUGGCGGGACUUCACGACGCGAUGGCGGGCAGAGCGAAGCUAGCUGCAGCUAGCCGCUCGGCUACAUCCCGGAGCUAGCUGCGGAGCCGGAGCCGGAGCUCUGCGGACGGACACAGCUCGGACUUUCCGCCCGGUGCUCGUUUGUUUUCGAGCCACGCCGCCGUUAAUCUGACCGAAGUCGCCGUGUAGGUCGGUUGGAUGAAGUGACCGGCUGGCGGCUCUCUCUCCGGCAUAUGUAGGUCACGGUACCGACCGACGUCGUUAUGUGGGUCAGACCCAGCGGGUUAGCCUGUUAGCUGGUUAGCACGAAGCUAACGAGUUUAAUUUAAUUUAAUUUAAUUUUAAAUCAGUGAGUUCACACAGACACGCACGUUCACGCACGUUCACGCACAUGCUCGUGUCGGUGAGUUACUCUGCGGCUCGCGGGGCUGAGGCUAACCUCGGGCGGACUCUUCGUGUCGGUGUCGUCGCUGAGCGUCGUUAGCCGGAUCCCGUCAGCUCCCGUUAACCGAGCGAGCCGCGUCACUAACCAGACCUCCACCGGAUCAUGCUGAGCGAGGAGCCGUGUUUCCUCCGCGGCUAGCCGGCCAGCAGCAGCAGCAGCUCGGUCAGACACAGCGGACAGUUUCGGGCUCGGUGAGCGGAGGAUGGCAUUUCACGGCGCAGGCCGGCAGACCGUGUGUGGAGACUUGUUUCCGGGCUCUGAGCUGGGCCACAAGUAUUUCUGUGUCAACUCCUCCUGCGGAGCCCCCUCCACGGGCCUCAGCGCCACACCGUGCCUGACUGGACCCACUGCCCCGGCAGGAACCCCUCGUCACCCGACUGCUCUCGGAGGAAGCACCGGCGGCGGAGCAGCGGUACCUCAGCCCUACAGCAACCCGGCCAGCGAGGUGCCCAGCCCCGCAGAGAUGGAGCCAGACCGGCCCAUCGGCUAUGGCGCAUUUGGCGUUGUUUGGUCGGUCACAGAUCCACGCGACGGCCGUAAGGUGGCUCUGAAGAAGAUGCCCAAUGUCUUCCAGAACCUGGUCUCCUGUAAGAGAGUCUUCAGAGAGCUGAGGAUGCUGUGCUUCUUCAAACAUGACAACGUUCUGUCGGCUCUGGACAUUCUGCAGCCGCCGCAGAUCGACUGCUUCGAGGAGAUCUACGUGAUAACAGAGCUGAUGCAGAGUGACCUCCACAAAGUGAUCGUGUCUCCUCAGCCUCUCACCACCGACCACAUCAAGGUCUUCCUCUACCAGAUCCUCCGAGGUCUGAAGUACCUUCACUCUGCUGGGAUCCUGCACAGAGACAUCAAACCUGGAAACCUGCUGGUCAACAGCAACUGUUUGCUGAAGAUUUGCGAUUUCGGCCUGGCGCGGGUGGAGGAGCCCGACCCGUCACGUCACAUGACCCAGGAGGUGGUGACGCAGUACUACAGAGCGCCGGAGGUGCUGAUGGGCUGCCGGCACUACGGCUCGGCCAUUGACGUCUGGUCCGUGGGCUGCAUCUUCGCCGAGCUGCUGGGGCGACGCAUCCUGUUCCAGGCUCAGAGCCCCAUUCAGCAGCUCGACCUGAUCACAGACCUCCUGGGAACGCCGCCUCUGUCCGCCCUGGCAUCGGCCUGUGAGGGAGCCAGAGCCCACAUCCUGAGGGGGCCGCACAAACCGCCGUCGCUGUCGGUGCUCUACAUGCUGUCUGACGGAGCCACACACGAGGCGGUCCACCUGCUCUGCCGGAUGCUCGUCUUUGAUCCGGCCAAGCGGAUCUCCGGCAGCGACGCUCUGUCCCACCCGUACCUGGACGAGGGACGUCUCCGUUACCACACCUGCAUGUGUCAGUGCUGCUACUCUGUGCCCAGUGGACGAGUUUACACCCGAGACUUCGAGCCGGUUGCCGAGCGGCCGUUCAGCCACAGCUACGAGAACAGCCUGCUGUCUGUGUGGCAGGGGAAAGAGUUAAUCCAUCGCUUCAUCACGGAGCACCAGCAGGGAAAACGAGUGCCGCUGUGCAUCAACCCUCAGAGUGCUGCGUUCAAGACCUUCAUCAGGUCGACUGCGUGGCACUCGUCCAAGGUGUCCAGGAAGGAGGAGAGAUGAGCGUCGUCCUUCUCUGGAGGAGCGACGGCAGUUUGAGGAGAAUGAUUUCAUCGGCCGAAGAGUUUGGGUCUUUUUUUAGUUUUUAUUUUAUUGUUUUCUCUCCGGGGGGAAAUAUUCAUCCAACCACACGAGGAGGAAACAUCGAGCCUCCUCCAGAACAUGAAAUGGACCCAGACGUCUGCUGCUGACGGCGCUCGGUGCUGAAAAACGUGCUGCUGAAGUCUUGAAGAGGAAACAGAAAGAACUCGUCGGUACUCGAUAAAUAACAGUUUUAAUUGUUUGGUAGUCGUUGCUUAGUUGAUUUUUGAAGUCAUUCCAGCCCUGUGCAAUACGGAUCCAUUUAAACACAGCGGGUGGUGAGUGGGGCGAUGGCGACGACGCACCGUCACGAGAAACGCCGUUUAAAAAAAAAAAAAAAACGCCAAACCAUGAACCGCCAAACACCUCCCAGGUCCUCUCUCUUUGAACGCAUCACUCACUGUGUUUCCGUGGCGUCUCCGGGCGUCACCAUGGCGAUAACAAUAAUGCAAUUUAACAAUGUAGCAGGUUUUACCCACAAUCCCCGGUGUUUCCUCCACACGCAGUUAGCUUCUCUCGAUCAGUGUUUGACCUUUAACCCCUCUCACUUUAGCUGACCGGAACAGGAAGUCAUUCCCCCACCACGCUUUUAUUUUGACAUUUCUGACAGGAAGUUGUGACUUUCAAGUGUUUCAGUUGGAUUUUUAAAAACGUCUUCUUCUUCUUCUGUCUCGAUGUUUUCCGCUCCCUCCUCGGUGGAGCGAGGAACAGGAAGCGUCAGCUUUUUUU